CCUCAGCCAAAAGGUCGUAAGGGAGCGCGUCGCGUCGCAUACGUAGUGACGCGUAAUGGCAAGCGCCUUGAAGAUGCAGCGGAUGGUUGGGCUGGGAAGGGCGCUGCUGCCCUUGCAGAAAAGGGGUUCUCUAGCCGGGCAAUUUGACUUGCAUCUAGUUCGUUUUCUUCAUGCUGGCCUUCCGGUUCUAGCAGCAAAAGAAGCUCUGGUGAAGCUCAGAAAGAAAACUGGCUACUCGUUUGUGAACUGCAAGAAAGCAUUGGAGAAAUUUGAUGACGUCAGUGAGGCUGAAGCCUGGCUACAUGAGCAAGCCCAAAAGGAAGGAUGGAGCAAAGCUUCCAAAUUGCAAGGACGGAAGACACAAGAAGGGCUUAUUGGGCUGCUGCAAGAGGGAAGCUCUGCAGUGAUGGUAGAGGUGAACUGCGAGACUGACUUUGUGGCCCGAAAUGUCAAGUUCCAGCAUCUGAUUCAGCAGGCAGCGAUUGGAACGAUGCUGCAUUAUCAGGGGACCGGGGACCGGCUGAACACGUACGCCAAGUGUUUCUUAAACUCAAAUGAGCUUUCUCAGCUCAGGAUAGGACCUGAUGGCUCCUUGCUUGUGGACCAGCUGGCUCUGGCUAUUGGCAAGCUGGGGGAGAACAUGGUCAUUAAGAGAGCAGUGUGGAUAUCGGUGCCAGAGAAAUUUUUCAUCGGCUCUUACGUGCACGGGGCUCUUCCAGAAGGAAACCCGUUCCUUUCUAACAUGAUGUUUGGCAAAUACGGAGCUUUGGUGAUCUGCUGUCCCUCUGAGCCAUGUGAAAAGUCGGACUUUGCUGAACUGGGCUGGAGGCUGGGCCAGCAUGUGGUGGGCAUGGCCCCCCUCUCUGUAGGCUCUCUGGAGGAUGAACCCGGCGGAGAUUCUGAAACCAAGAUGCUUGCCCAGCCCUUCCUGCUGGACCCUGCUAUUUCCUUGGGACAGUACGUUCGGCCCACGGGUGUAUCUGUGCUGGACUUUGUGCGGUUUGAAUGCGGAGAGGAUAUAGAACUGUCACCAUCAGACUAAACAAUACUGGUGGCGGUGGGGCAAGUGAACUGUUCCCAGUUCCUGUUUGGGCCCUGCCUUGGUUAACAGACCUAACCAGUCAUGAAUUAAACUCUGUGUUGGGUUGGUCAUGGAAGCUGAAUACUGAUUGUGCGCAAUCUCAUUUCAAAGCUCCAGAACGACUCUGAGCAGGUGUGGAAGACAGCUGUCAAUGUUGCAAAUAAAACUAGCUGGCAGCAAGGAGGGGAACAGCGUCUGCUGGUUCAAGCGCAUCUGUUGAAUUGUCAUGAACCCCAGGGAGCACAUUUUUAUUUGCUAUCCAUGCUAAGUGUAGCAGAACAGGACAGCUGGAGGGUGCAGUAAAGUGAAAGGAGAGGUGGGUUUUGCUAAACUGUGGGUCUAGGCUAGGUCUGUGAGGUAACUGGGCAACUCUUGAAGCAUGCAGAAAAUCAUUGGGGGCUACUAGAAACCCAUUGGAGCCCCCCUUUCUCUUCAUGAAAUGAGUAGUCCCUGUCCACCUUAUAAAGGGUUUCCACAGUGAGGACUAGAAGCUUGGGUGUCCUUGUUUUCCCUUAUGGGAAGCACGACUACAGCACCCUCUUCUAUUGCAGCAGAAGUCUAAAGGCUUAAAGUCAGAACAGACUUCUCAUCAUUUAGUAAGCCAAGGUCCCUGGUAAUUAUUGCUGGAGAUACCUGCUCCUUUCUUCCUCCCAGCCAUCCAAGCAUUAGUAGGUGAGGGCACCCUAGGAGAUGGGCCAGAAUGAAAUCUGAUCUGCCCGCAAACAGCUUCCCUUGUCCAGCUUCGUAGAACAGCCUGUGCUACUUCUGUGGUAGCCGGCAAUGCUUGGUUGGCCAUGAGUGGCAAGUGUAGCUACUGUGGUACCCAGUGAGCAAGUUGAUGAGCAAGGCUUGUGUGUUCUGUAACACAUACUGAAAACAAGCUGACUUCUGUGGCAAAGCUGCAGAAGUUGUCGGACAGCCUGCCUGCAUUCAUCCACACUGUCUUGAAUGCCGGCUUACGGCAUCUUAGACAGGCAAGUCAUCUUCCUGGUCCAGGCACAUUGUUCCCUAUUGCAUUCUGACAGCCCCUGUUAAGGAGUAAGCCCAGACCUCCUGUGAUCAGGUGCCCAAAUUCUGUGAUAUUUGCACUACAUACAUGACAUAAACUCUUCUGCUACUAAUCAACUUGGGUGGAGGGCUACUUUUUGACUGUGGAAGGCUGCUCCCCCAGCACCUACGUACCCUGGUUCCCUUGGGAAUGGGUGGUUCACAUGCUUGAAAAGCAAAGGUGCAGAAUCAUUUUUUGAACCAAGGGCCAGUUGACGGAGCCAAAGCAGGUGGAGCAAUGAAUGUAAAUGUUACCUUAGUAUAGUAGGCUAGUUUCUGCAGUCACACACACUUCUUUGUCAUCCAUCCAGGCAAACCAAGAGGCAUUACCAGAGUUUAAGGACAUAUUCCAGCCAGGAAGGUGCAGAUUAGGGCUGGUGUGGGAUCUGUUUGAGGUGGUGUAGCCAGGAGGGUGGGGCACUAUGGGUCAGAUAAGCCUGGAAGGCAACAUUUGGCCCCUAGGCCUGUGGUUCCCACUUGUGCUUGAAAGUCUCUUGCUAGCCUUAGGGAGAAAGUGAGAUUCUUGUAAUACUGAAUUUGUGAUAUUGAACGUGGCGAAAAGACUUCCGGGUUUGCCGACUUCAGAAGUCGAAACCUUUGGAAGUUGAGUCAUUCGGAUGUUGAGGUACCACUGUGUAUGGUAUGUACCAGACAAGUACAAGGUAACAGAGCCGGCCUCUCUCUUGUCAGAUUGAAAAUAAGUGUUUUGUGACAGCAGAGAUAGCCAACAUGGUGCCCUCCAGAUGUUGGACUUAACUCCCAUCAGCCCCCGUGGGCUAGGGA